UUUAUCUCUCUUGCAAAACCUCCCCAUUCCCUCCUUAAAACCCAAGUUUCUUCCCCUCUCUCUCUCUCUCUCUCUCAUCCUUACAGAAGCCCCUCCACCUCAAGCCUCCUCUCUCUCUCUCAUCCUUACAGAAGCUUCUCUGCCUUGAACCUCUCCCCUCUCUCUCUCAUCAUGUCCUUCCUUCGCCUCCUCCGCUCUCCUCACUCUCACCCCAAAACCCCUUUCUCUCUCCUCCCUCACCGCUCCCUCUCCUACUACUCUUCCCAGCAACCCUUUCACCAGCCCCCCAACUCUGACCCUGAUCCUAACCCUAACCCUAACCCCAAUCUGGACUCCCCUCGUUUCCCCUCCUCUCAUCAACAGCCACCAUCCCCUCCUUUCCCCAACUCUAAUCCUCAGCCACCAUCCCCUCCUUUCCCCAACUCUAAUCCUCAGCCACCAUCCUUCUCCUCAAACAAUCUUUCGAACUAUGGGCAACAACAUCAGCCGCCAUACUUCUCUGCGAAUAAUUUUCCAAGCUCUCAACAACAACAUCGGCCACCAUCCUUCUCCUCAAACAAUCUUUCGAACUAUCAGCAACAACAUCAGCCGCCAUACUUCUCUGCGGAUAAUUUUCCAAGCUCUCAACAGCAACAUCAGCCACCUCCUUCGUUCUCUUCCGAUAAUUUUCGGAGCUCUCAGCAACAACAUCAGCCACAUUCAUUCUCUUCAGGUAAUUUUUCAAGCACUCCACAACAAUAUCAGCCGCCCUCGUUCUCUUCAGGUAAUUUUCCGAGAUCUCAAGAACAACCAUCUUUCUCAGAAAAUCAGUCAUUUCCCUCUUCAAAUCAUUUCCCGAGCUCUACACAACAAUCGUCAUACUUCUCCUCCAAUGAUUCUCAGUCUCCUCAGCAGCAACAACAACUACAACCAUCCUUCUCUACUUUGAACCGCCUAGAAAACCUCAUCCCCCCAUCUUCACAGCAGCAACAACCAUCAUAUUACUCGAACACGACUGCACGGCCGCUUGCGUUCUCAUCGGCAGAAGAGGCUGCGGCAGAGCGCCGCAGGCGAAAACGCCGCCUGCGCAUUGAGCCCCCCCUCCACGCCCUCAGAAGGCCCCCACUCCCCCACCAGAAUUCCAACCCUAAUGCCCCUCGGCUCCCUGACUCUACCUCUGCACUUGUGGGCCCACGCCUCAGUCUCCACAACAAGGUCCAGACUCUGAUCCGAUCAAACCAGCUGGACCAGGCCACUGUGAUGGCACGCCAGGCCUUGUUCUCUAACACAAGACCAACGGUGUUCACAUGUAAUGCGGUUAUGGCUGCUCAUCUGAGAUCUCGACGGCUCUCUGAGGUCCCAAACCUUUUUCGCCUGUUCUUUAACCCGACGGGCCCGAUCAUCCCCAACAUAGUGUCGUAUAACAUCCUCAUCAAUUCUCUUUGUGAUUCAAAUGAGGUUGAUCGAGCACUUGAAAUGUACCAAUUCGUCCUUGCAAAUGCGCCAUUUAGUCCAUCACCUGUGACCUAUAGGCACCUCACAAAGGGGCUCACCGAUGCUGGUCGGGUUCCCGAAGCCAUGGAUCUUCUGAGAGAGAUGCUCAAUAGAGGCCAUGGUGCUGAUUCUUUGGUCUAUAAUACCCUUAUUGAGACCUUCAUUAAGUUGGAUCAAAUGGAGAAGGCCCUUGAAUUGUUUGAGGAAUUGGCUGAGAGGUGCUUGGUCUAUGAUGGUAUAGUCCAUGCUACUCUGAUGGAGGGGUACUUUGGGAAGGGAGACGAGAAGUUGGCCAUGGACUCAUACAAUUCCCUACUUGAUAAGGGGUUCAAGAUGAACGCCGCAACGUGCAAUUCACUUUUGAAAGUGCUUUUGAAGUAUGGGAAGUUUAAGGACGCGAAUGGGCUCUUCGAGCACAUGCUAUCAACGCAUACCCCACCAAACUUUCUCACUAUGAACCCUGAGUCUUAUACUCUUUUCAUCGAUUACUUCUGCUCGAAGAACAAGUUUAUAGAGGCAAUGGAGAUUUUGAAUAGGACUGGUGUUAAGCCAUGUCAAUUGGACGCGCCCACUUAUAAUAAUUUGAUGAGCCAUCUCUCUAAGAAUGGCAUGAAUUCUGAGGCAGAGAGAAUCUUCAAGGAAGUCAUGCCCUCGAAGAAUGUGAACCCAGAUGAGUCCACAUAUGAAUUGGUAAUUGGUUUGUAUUUUGAGCAAGGGAGGAUUGAUGAAGCCAUGGAGUCUUUUGCGAAGAUGGUGGAGACUGGUUUGAGGCCUAAUGUGACAAUGUACAAUAAUAUGCUCGAUGGGUUCAUGAAGGUGUCGAGGAUUGAUGAGGCAGAGAGCAUAUAUAGGCAGAUGCGCGAGAGAGAAUUGAAGCCUGAUGGAAUGAGUUAUGAGAUUUUGUUGAUGGGUUUAUGUGAAGGAGGGAGAUUGGAUAAUUGUUUGGGUUUGCUUGGAGAGAUGACUAGAAAUGCAGUGGUCCCGAGUUCUAGAGUGAGAGAGCGGGUGAUAGAGUGUUUUGAGAGAGAAGGAAGGAAGGAGCAGGUGGAGAGGUUUUUUUUCGGAGAGAAUGGGAGUAAUGCAGGACCAAAUUGGGAGGGAGGCCAAAGUAUGCAAGCUCAGCAAGUAGCCGCUUGAGCCAUGCUUGGUCUGGCUAGUAUCAUCAGUAACCACAUACCUCUCUCUCUCUCUCUCUCUCUCUCUCUCUCUCUCUCUCUCUCUCUUUCUCUCUCUCUCUCUCUUGUCUUGUUGGAGCUACUUAUAGUGUCAGCAGCAGGCACUCAUCUCUCUUUUUCUUUUUUAUGAUACUCUCAUACUGAUAGUUAGAAGGCCUGUCCUUGAUUAGUGUUUUACUGAGUCACUGUCUUUUGAUAAGGCUCCAAUCGAUGGUGUCGUUUUGCCAAGGAUCAGCUGAAAUAUUUAUCUGGGGUGACAUAUUGUCAUGGGUUUUUGCUAGAUCUGCUAGUUUUCUGCAGGUGAAACAACCUUGUGAGAAUUAUCAAGUUGUUUAAGUUUUAUAUGUUUAGUAUAAUUUGUCGUAGAA